UAAAAACCCUUUCAUUAAUCCCACACACCUGGUUUUUCUAACCUGUUCCACGGCUACAUUUACUUUAUUUAAACAUUAGUCGCGUCUCACAACAACAGCGGAACAGAAAAACAAACCCCGCUUCUACUCGGACAUCUUUUGCGUGCGGACCCGGAAAUGUGUGCGUCGUUGUUUUUACUCCCCACCCCUACCAGCGGCUCCUCAGCAUGAAGGAAUCGAACAUGGCUCUCCCGGUGAGCAUGGGCGCCCUGCUGCGGGCGGACCUCCCGGAGGACGCCGCGUGCCGGGACGACGGGCUGUGCGUGGUGGGCGUGUUCGGUAAAAGCGGCGCGCAGCCGGGCCCGCAGAAGGAGACCAUCCUCAACGACCUGACGGACAAACACGUCUUCUCCCUGUUCGGCGGCCUGCGGGACGGCGGCACGCCGGACAGCAGCAUCCGGGCCUUCUACCAGCAGGAGAGCCGCGUGCUCUACCUGCUGCUCUCCUCCGUGUGCGACGGCCGCCAGCUGCUGCGCGCCUGCGAGUCCCUGAGCGCCGGCACGGGCCACUCGGACGCGCACGACGUGUGGACGCGCCUGGACAGGCAGCACUGCCUCCACCUGCUCUACAUGUUCUCCGUGUGCCACGUCCUGCUGCUGGUGCACCCCAACCAGACCUUCGACGUGACGCACGACCGGCUCUUCCGCGCGCUGGACGCGCUGCGGCAGAAGGUGCUGCCGCUGAUGCGCGCGGCCGUCAAGGACUGCGCGGUGUCCAAGGAGUGGAAGCUCAACUGCCGGCCCUGCCCCCCCCGGCUGCUCUUCGUCUUCCAGAUGAGCGGCUCUCUGAAGGUCUCCGCCAACGGCUCGGAGUCCGGAGGGAACCCCGACAAGCCCAAGAAGCACUCGCCCCGCCGCCGGCUGCAGCACGCGCUGGAGGACCAGAUCUACCGCAUCUUCCGGAAAAGCCGAGUGUUGACCAACCAGAGCAGCAACUGCCUGUUCACCGUGCCGGCCAACCAGGCCUUCGUGUACGUGAUCCCGGCGGAGGACGAGGACCCGGUGGGCGCCCUCCUGGGCCAGCUGCGCUCCGUCUGCACCCUGUGCGAGGCGGACCCCGCCCCGGCGGUGUCGGGCCCGAGGCGCUACCAGCAGACGCGGCGGUCGGCCCGGCCGCCCGGGGGCGGCCCGGCCGGCGCGCUGAUGGGCGGCGGCCAGCUGGUGGACUGCAGCUUGAGGGAGUUCCUCUGGCAGCACGUGGAGCUGGUGCUCACCAAGAAGGGCUUCGACGACAGCGUCGGCCGCAACCCGCAGCCGUCCCACUUCGAGCUGCCCACCUACUCCAAGUGGGUCCAGGUGGCCUCCAGGCUGCACCAGGUGCUGGUGGGCGACCCGGACGAGGACGUGGCGGACCUGGCCCUGAAGGUGCAGGGCCAGCUGAAGGUGCUGGAGGGAUUCCUGGACGCCGACACAAAGUUCUCCGAGACCCGCUGCCAGAAGGCGCUGCCGCUGGCCCACAGCGCCUACCAGUCCAACCUCCCCCACAACUACACCACCACGGUGCACAAGAACCAGCUGGCGCAGGCGCUGCGCGUGUACAGCCAGCACGCCCGCGGCGUGGCCUUCCAGCGCUACGCCCUGCAGCUCCACGAGGACUGCUACAAGUUCUGGAGCAACGGACACCAGCUGUGCGAGGAGCGCAGCCUCACCGACCAGCACUGCGUCCACAAGUUCCACCUGCUGCCGCAGCCGGGCGAGAAGACGGACGUGGACCGCAACCCGCCCGUCCUCAACCACAACAGCAGGGGGCGCUCCACCAGCGCCUGCAACUGUGGCCGCAAACAGGCGCCCCGCGAGGAUCCGUUUGACGUCCAGGCGGCCAAUUAUGACUUCUACCAGCUGCUGGAGGAGAAAUGCUGCGUGAAGCUGGAGAGGAUCGACUUUCCCGUCUUCCAGCCCAGCACCCCCGACCCGGCGCCGGCCUGCCCGCCGCCCCCGCGGCCCCCGAGCGAGGCCUCGGAGCCCGGCGAGACGCAGCAGGCCAAGGAGCCGAGCGCCGCCCGGAGCCACACCCCCCCCGCCGACGCCAGCCUGAGCCUGGACCUCAGCCUGGGCCAGUCCAGCGACAGCUUGGGGCCCUACGGGGACGGGGAGAGGCCCGAGGUCCAGCCCAAGAGGCCGAGCCUGGUGGACCGCCAGCCCUCCACCGUGGAGUACCUCCCGGGCAUGAUGCACUCCGGCUGCCCCAAGGGCCUCCUCCCCAAGUUCUCCAGCUGGUCGCUGGUCAAACUGGGCCCGGCCAAGUCCUACAACUGCCACACCGGGCUGGAGCAGCCGGGCUUCCUGCCGGGCUCCUCCUUCCUGCUGCCGUGGGACCUGGUGAUCCGCUCCCGCUCGGAGGAGGACGCGGGACUGACGGAGCCCCUGGACGGGGGCGCCUCCUCGUGGCCGGCGCCCAACAAGACGCUGGUGGGGAAGCGGGGGAGCACCGGGGGGCUGGGCCGCGGCCGGCGGCGGGACGACGUGGCCCGCAUCUUUGUGGGGUUCGAGUACGAGGACGCCAGGGGGAGGCGCUUCAUCAGCUGCGGGCCGGAUAAGAUCGUGAAGGUUCUGGGGCCCGGCGGCGCCAAGGACCCCGCCACCCGGGUGCUGAACACGGACAUGCCGCUGUACGUCCCGUCGCCCUCGCAGGGCCGCGGACUCAAGUCUCACUUCGCCCAGCUGACCCGCCUCUUCAUCGUGGUGCCCGACGCGCCUCUGGAGGUCACCCUCAACCCACAGGUGCAGCCCGGCCCCCCUCCCUGCCCGCUGUUCCACCCGGAGCAGACGGAUCUGGUUCUGCCGCCUGACGGGUUCUGGGUCCUCCGGUUCCCUUACUCCUACGCGACGGAGCGCGGCCCCUGUCUCCCCCCCAAAGAGAACCAGCCCCUCAACAACUACAAGGUGCUGCGCGCCAUGCUGAAGGCCGCAGCCGCCAGCCCCCCCGCGCCGUGAGCCCCCGGCGCCGCGGCCGACCCGUUCGUUCGCUCUAAACGCGGCUGAGAAGGUUUUUGAUGGACAGUCGGCGAAAAAAGCCCCAAAAACCUCAUUUUCAUUUAAAAUGUGAAACACGCUUUAAUGCAACGAAUAAUGAAUGAAUAUGUGGUUACUUCUUCUACCACUGCUGUCAAAUAUUGUACAUUAUUACCUUUUUUAUUUAUGUAAAUAAAUGUGUACAACUGCAUCUCAUUUUAGUGAACCAUAAAUACCAAGGUGUGAAGGUGUGAAGGUGUGAAGUGUUGUGUACAGUGGUAUCACUAUAAAACACAGAUGAUGCUCCUCUGAUUACUGCUGACAUCCACUGCAGGAUGGAAAGGAACAUUUGAUGUUUUUCUGUAAAUAAAAGGUUUUUGUCAGA